AUGUGGUACAAGCCCAAAUGCCUAAAGGCGCUAGCGAAGGAGACAGAGCAGUUACCAACCUGCAACAGAGGCAAUAUGGGGAGUAGUGAAACAGUCAAACUGUGUACUACAAGAGAACCAAGUCCUGCUGUGCCAUCAGAUCAAGGCCCCAACCACCCUGCCCCAAUCGGAACGCCAGCUCAACAAGAGGUUCCUAGAGGCAGACCAAUGGAUGAAGACAGUGAUGAGCAAGAAGAGGUGGUACGGAAGAGAGGCGUAGUGGUAGAGAAUGGAAUCAAGUAUGCAACUGGAGAGGUUUCAAUUCACCACUUACCCAAGCUCACAACCUUUUGGGACAAUCAGAUUAGGGAAAUCAAGGGAUAUGUACCAAUUUUGAUGUUUAACCAUUCAUGGCUCGAAAGGAAAGCUCAAGUUCAGAAUAAGAAGGCUAUAAAGAAGAAGAAGAAGGAUGAAGAGGAGUCAGAUGAAGAAAAGUAUGAAGGUCUGAAUUAUCCGGCUGAGCAGAGAUUAACUUAA